CCUUCUUAUAUGAUGCAACCCACUGAAAUAAGACUGAUACAGCAGGGAAGAGGUGGCCCUGGAGAACCCAUUCAGACUCAGAGCAGGCCCUCUGCCUAAGGGCCUCUCCAGGGACCUCUCUCACUGUCUUGGUCUAGCUGGGAUCAAGUCCCUCCCGUCAUUGUUACUUGGGCAGCAGAGUCAAAAAGGCUUCCCUUUGGACAGAAAGACUACAGGGAUAUUUCCCUCCUCACAAGUUCCAUCCUUGUGUCUCCUAAAGGAAGGACAAGGUCAGGGAAGCCACAGCCACAGCCACAUCUGUGGCUUUUGCUCCAGUGUUGGAACAGAUACCAUUCAGGACACCAUUCCACUGACAGCAUCUCUUGUUGGCCUAGGGAGCCCAGGUCUGAUUAUCUGCACUCUUCCUUCCCACCUCUCCACCUUGGCCAAUAAGUUCCUGCCUUAAGCUGGGAAGGGUUGAUGAGGUCUCACAUGGCAAGGUUGCCUUUGCUGCAUGAUCUGUCCUGGGUCGGCCAUGAAGCUUUACUCACAAUGCCUCAUCACCAGGCAUGUUCUGACACUGAACCCCUUUGAGCAUUCUUUACCAUUUGUGUUCCUCUAAAGGAAAACUUGACUGCUCCAUGGAAAUUGGCAACAUAACCACAGUCACUGAAUUUGUUCUCCUAGGACUAUCCAACAACCCUCAGAUCCAGGCAAUACUCUUUGUACUCUUCCUGGUGAUUUACCUCCUGACCCUCACAGAGAACCUGCUGAUGCUGCUGGUGAUCAGAGCUGAUUCCCAUCUCCACACCCCCAUGUACUUCUUCCUGAGCCACCUGUCCUUCCUGGAUGCUUUCUAUUCCUCAGUCAUUGUGCCUAAACUGCUAGAGAACCUUCUUUCCAAGUCAAAGACUAUAGCCCUGCUUGAGUGUUUCACCCAGAUUUCCUUGGUCAUAUUUUCUGGUGCCACUGAAGCUUGCCUCCUUUCAGUCAUGGCCUAUGACCGGUUCCAGGCUGUGUGCCACCCACUGUUGUACAUGGUGGCUAUGAACAGGAAAGUAUGUAUUGGCCUGGUGGGAGCAUCCUGGGCCAUAGGAAUGGGGACUGGCCUAGUAAACACCCUUCUCCUGGCUCAACAGCACUUCUGUGGUCCCAACCUCAUCAGCAGUUUUGUCUGUGAGCUUCCUCCAGUGCUCCUGUUGGCCUGCUCUGACUCCUACAUUAGCAAUGUUGCCAUCCUGAUAACCAUGGUGGUCCUGGGCUUUGGCACCCUUGUCCUAUUGCUGGGUUCCUACACUCACAUCAUCAUGACAGCUCUGAGCAUUAAUUCUACCUCGGGUCGAAGCAAGAUCUUCUCCACUUGCUCUUCUCAUGUUCUUGUGGUUGUCAUCUUUUAUGGUUCAGGACUUUUCAGGUAUAUGACUCCAGCAUCUGGCUCAGUCCUGGAGCAAGUGCUCUCUGUGCAGUACAGUGUGGUGACACCUCUGUUAAACCCCCUCAUCUAUAGUCUGAAGAAUCAAGAUGUGAAGGCAGCUCUGAAAAGGGUGCUGGCCAGGAAGUCCAGGCUGACCUUCUGACCCAGCCUCCACUGUCUCACCAGGAGGAAACAUAACAGGAAAGAAGAGGUGAGAAGAGCUAUCACCAUGCAGCUAUCUCACACUUUCCCAAAACAAAAGCCUUAGUUCUUCUGACCCCAGUCAAGUGAGAUGGGGAAGAUUCCAUAGACCAGAUGGCAUCCAUCCAACAGGGGCCCAGUCACCACACAGGAAAGUCAUUACAGCCUCAUUAGCCAUUUCUACAACAAUUGCUCAUUUCUUCUCCUUUCUACUUUUCCUCUUUCUGCCUUUCCUUCACUCUUUUAUUUCGCUCCAUGUACAAAGUAUAAUCCAACCCAUCUGACCACUAGCAAAUAUUCCUCUGCAUUCUGGGAGAGCCCCAUUUGGUACUGUGAGACCCAAUUUCUCCUUUGUUUCCUUCCCAAAAUAUUC